AUGACAGAGCCAGCUGCAGAGUAUCGGCCCUUUGCCGCCCAGCUGUCUAACGUUUACUUGACCAUUCUCGCUUUGUUCUGCUGCAAACUCUUCAUCAGGAUCACGCUGAACCUGCUCACUCACUUCUACAUCAUCAAAGGCAACCAGAGAGAGGCGGCCCGGAUCUCCGCGGAGUUCUACGAGUCCAGCCAAGGGCAGAGUUCAUGGGCUGACCGAUCUCCUCUUCAUGAAGCUGCCAGCCAGGGACGACUGCUGGUCCUCAAGACCCUGAUUGCCCGGGGCCACAGUGUGAACGUUCUGACCAUAGACCACGUCAGCCCACUCCAUGAAGCCUGCAUAGGAAAUCAUGUGUCCUGCGCCAGAGCCCUCAUUGAUGCUGGAGCUAAUGUUAACGCGAUGACCAUUGAUGGUAUAACUCCACUGUUUAACGCCUGUUCAGCUGGCAGUAUGACCUGCCUAGACCUUCUCUUGGAGAGUGGAGCACAGCCCCAAGCCCAGACACCAUCCCAGCCUUCCCCCAUCCACGAGGCCGCCAGCAGAGGCUACAGUCAGUGUGUGGAGACACUCAUCACAUGGGGGGCUGACCCAGACUACGAAAUUCCCAACCUCGGAACUCCGCUUUAUGCCUCCUGCAUGUGCAGGGAAUUCCUGUGCGCGCGGAAACUUCUGGACAGAGGAGCCAACGUGCAGAGAGGUUUGAAUAUGGACACUCCCCUGCAUGCAGCAGCUAAGAAAGAUUGUGUUGGCAUCGCUAAACUCCUGCUGGAGUUUGGCGCUGAUGUCAACGCCAGAAACCUGGAUUAUAAACGACCUGUGGAGGUUGCCCCGCCAGGAAGUCUCACAGAGGGGUUCUUACUGAUUUAUGAAGCCACACCACGUUCCCUGAGCAAACUCUGCCGUCAGAGGAUCAGAGACUGUGUGGGUCGUACCAGACUGCACCUUCUGUCACACCUCCCCCUCCCAAAAGCCAUGGAAAACUUCAUACAGUUCAGAUGA